GAAGAACGCCCGGGAGGGGGGAGGAAAAAGCCUCAUCCCCGACACCGCCCCGCGGGAUGGGCGGCAGCGCCCCGGGGGCUGCGGGGCAGCGCGGCGGCGGAGCGCAGAGGUCUUAAUGAAAUAGCGAUCAAAGAAAGAGCCAGGACUUCAACAUGGCUUUCCAUGUGGAGGGGCUGGUGGCCAUAAUUGUAUUCUACCUGGCUAUCCUGGCAGUCGGCAUAUGGGCUGCUUGGAAAACCAAGAAUACUGGCAGUGAAGGAGAUCGCAGUGAAGCUAUUAUAGUCGGUGGAAGAGACAUUGGCUUGCUAGUUGGUGGAUUUACAAUGACUGCCACAUGGGUUGGAGGAGGUUACAUCAAUGGGACAGCAGAAGCUGUGUAUGUCCCAGGCUACGGUCUAGCUUGGGCUCAGGCACCGAUCGGAUAUUCCCUCAGUCUGAUUGUAGGUGGCCUUUUUUUCGCAAAGCCCAUGAGAUCCAAAGGCUAUGUGACAAUGCUAGACCCUUUUCAGCAGACUUAUGGAAAAAGGAUGGGAGGGCUACUGUUUAUUCCGGCUUUAAUGGGAGAAAUGUUUUGGGCUGCUGCCAUCUUCUCUGCCUUAGGUGCCACUAUAAGUGUGAUCAUUGACGUUAAUGUCAAUAUUUCAGUCAUUAUUUCUGCCCUGAUUGCCACUAUGUACACGCUUGUGGGCGGGCUUUAUUCUGUAGCCUACACUGAUGUAGUUCAGCUCUUCUGCAUCUUCCUGGGACUGUGGAUCAGCGUACCCUUUGCUAUGUCCCAUCCUGCAGUGACAGACAUCGGGCUCACAGCUGUGCACCCAGUGUACCAAGCACCUUGGCUUGGAUCUAUCAACUCAGUUGAUAUUUACACAUGGCUGGACAGUUUCCUUUUAUUGACAUUUGGAGGAAUCCCAUGGCAAGCAUAUUUCCAGCGAGUUUUGUCCUCAUCUUCUGCCACAUAUGCCCAAUUUCUGUCAAUUCUGGCUGCUUUUGGCUGUUUUGUAAUGGCUCUUCCUGCAAUACUCAUUGGUGCAAUUGGAGCAUCUACAGCCUGGAACGAGACUGCGUAUGGCUUCCCUGACCCCAUGACUAAAAAGGAAGCAGAUAUGAUUUUACCAAUCGUGCUCCAGUACCUUUGUCCAGUCUAUAUAUCAUUCUUUGGCCUUGGCGCUGUAUCUGCUGCUGUGAUGUCAUCAGCUGACUCUUCGAUUUUAUCAGCAAGUUCUAUGUUUGCUCGUAACAUAUAUCAGCUUUCCUUUCGGCAAAACGCUUCAGACAGGGAAAUCGUGUGGGUCAUGAGAAUCACUGUUUUUCUGUUUGGAGCAGCAGCAACAGCAAUGGCCCUGCUAGCUUCGUCGGUGUACGGCCUGUGGUACCUCAGCUCUGACCUUGUUUAUAUCAUCAUAUUCCCUCAGCUCCUGUGUGUGUUGUUCAUUAAAGGAACAAACACCUAUGGUGCCAUUGCGGGAUACUUAUUUGGCCUUGUUCUCAGAAUAACCGGAGGAGAACCAUACCUCUACCUUCAGCCCUUGAUCUACUAUCCUGGCUGCUAUCCGGAUGAAAAUAAUAUAUACACCCAGCGAUUUCCAUUUAAAACACUUGCUAUGCUUACGUCCUUCUUUACUAACAUUAUAGUCUCCUACUUAGCCAAAUACUUAUUUGAGAGUGGGACUUUGCCACCAAAGCUGGACUUCCUUGAUGCUGUUGUUGCCAGGUACAGCAGGGAACACAUGGACAAAGCAACUCUUGUAAAAAGUGACAAUAUUGUAUUAAACGAACUUGCACCUGUGAAUCCACGACACAGUCUAACUUUGAGCUCGACUUUCGUAAACAAGGAAGCCUUCAAUUAUGUUGAUUCAAGUCCAGAGCUGUCCAACACUGAAGAUAAUUAAAAAAUCUGGUAGCCACAGGCAAAGCAAUGUGAAGCAGGAUAUUCUACAAAGAAUGGUAAGAGGCAUUUUAUCAGAAGAAAAGCAAAAAUUGGGAAUAAAAUGCCACUGCACAAUUCUUUAAGUUGUUUCUCAGAGCAGGAGCAUCCCAUGGGAGGAACUCUUUUCUGUUAGUAUCUAACAUGUUGGAUUAGACCAUAGAGUGUUUGCCAAAAGAUAAAAUGAUCCAAUUCUUUCCACCCAGAACCACAUGCCGUGUAACUAAAAAAAAUAUUUACAACUGAAAAUAUAUAUAGCAUAAAAUAUGCGACAUUUACUUAGCUAGGACAACAGAUGAAGAAAUUAUAAUGCAGUCACUCUGAAGUACUGUCAGUAAAUAUUUUAUUGGCAUUAAGUGAAAACGUAUUCUCACAGAUAUAAAUGAUUUAUUACUAAAGAGCUAGUUGCUUGCAGAAGGACAGAUUGAUAACUUCCCUGAGUUUUUGAUCCGGUCAUUUUUUUCCUCAUGAAGAAAUUCAGAGAAUACAAAUCUAGUAUUUUAUUAUUUGCAUAAGACAGCAGAAUGCACAAAUAUUAAUAAAUUCCUUAUAGGCGUGCUAAAUAUAUUCAUUUAAAAAGAUAAAAUGAAGUCACCAGUUUAAUAUUAUGUUUUACCUAAUGCAAGAUGAUGUUAAGCAAAGUAUGUUGCUAUAGGUGGUCUAUUGUCCUGUGGUCAGCGGCUGUCACCAAUGGAUGAUGUCACGAUUUUUAAAGCAAUAAUUGGAGUUCAAAUGCAAAUUAUGAAAAACGGCAGAACUUUUCAAUGUUGAGAGAAGAAGCCUCAUCUUGACUUACCAUGAUGAACACUGAGCAGAGCAGUCUGGCACCAGCCAGGUGCAGCAGUGAGACAAAUAGCAAAAAGUAAGGAGAGUCAAGAAGGCUUUGAAAAAACAGAUGAGAGGUUUUUCCAUGGAGAAAAAUUGCUAUUUGUCACUUAAUAAGAAAGUAUUCUCAAAUACAUCAAAAAGUCUUUUGCAUUGGACUUGAUGGGAUUACUUCAGAAAGUUUUUCCAUGGAAAAUCACAUUUUCUCAAAAAUUUGAUUUCCCAUGGGAAGAGCGGACUUACUGGACAGCUCCAUGUCUGUAAGUGUCUACCUCCAGAAGCAGCAGCAGCUCGGAGGGGAACCAAGAGGAAAGCCAAACCCGCAACAGCAGUGGAGGGUAUAGCGGUAUCUUCCACUAAAUGCUGGACUUUAACAUCACGGUGCCUCUGUGGAGCACCAGCACCAGCCAGCCAGGUGCAGACAAGGCUUCACUCAUAAAUGGCAACGCUGGCCAGAAAUGGCAAAGCAGGGCGAUGAGGCCUCUUCCAAUUUUGCCCUGACCAGCAGGUUACAUGCAAUGUCAUCUCCUUUUGCCCAUGGCUGAUAUGAUUGUGUCUGUCCCCAUUGGUAUGUGCCUUUCACAGUGGGAGAUCUAAUAGCUAGAUUCCUAUACAACUAAGACUUAUGCUCCAAUAAUCCUUUUUAGUAUCUACGCAUGACACAAAAUGUUCAACUGAAAUCCAGAUAUCCUCCUGGUCACUGGUGAAAUUUCUUCUUUAACAUUCACAGCACGAGGAGCUAUAUGGGAGGAUAGGAGAUGUAAGAAUAGAUUCUGCUGCUAAAGGAAGAAGCCAUCAACUUGUGCAUUCAGUGUUGACAUAAACUUUCACAAGGUUUAAUCCUUAGAUAUGUUUUUGCUCCUUUUGUGGAGUUUUAACAACAUAAAUAUAUAUUUAUAUUUAUGUGUAGAGAAAAUUAAUUUUAGAGAUGUUAUUUUUUUUUCUCCAUACGCUCCAUUUAAAAAUAACACUGCAUCUCAGAUCUGAAUAUGCAUUGUCAGCUGUGGUACUGCUGUGCUAACAAAUAUCGAGUCUUCCCUCGGUGGAGAGAAUCAAAAUCAGCAUCUGCACUAAACACUCAGAAGUGUCAAUAAAGCAAAGAAAUGGACAAAAAAAAAAAUCCUGCAAGGUGAAUGAACAAGCCACCAAUGAAAUCCAGGAUGCUGAGGAUCUCACAAAUGAGAUACGCCAGCAGUACUCAUUCUCCCAUUGAACCAUGGAGAAGAGAAGAGGAAAGAGAUCGCGUGGAAGAAAGAGGGUAGAACAGAACCACUGUUCAGUUAUUAUCCAUUUCUGGCUCAAAUCAACUAGCCUGCCUCCCUUCUCAGGAGAAGAUAUCAGUCCAUGAUUUUGCUCGCUUACAUAGCCAAUGCCCUACACUGCAGUUCCAGAUGAAGGUAGGGGAUCCCAAUUUACAGUCACUUGUAGGUCUUCCUGAAAAUUUUCUCUUACUUCAGUUUUGUCUAGGAAUUGCUAGAAUUUCAUUAUGAGAAGCUGCAUAGUCGCAGAGGCAUUGACUACAGCAGCAUCUCUGCGUAAUUUAUUUCAGGAUUCCCGGUAGUGAAAUGAGAAGGAAAGGAGAAGGGGAUUCAUCUGGAAUCGUUAAAGAAAUUUUGACUGAAAAAUAAAAAUCUUUCCUUUUCCCUUGAAUUCCCUUGUUGCCUAAAACCAUAAAGGCUUCUAAAAUGCUCAAAAUGAAAAAGAUAGGUGAAAAAUUAAAAUCUGUUAAUCCAAAAAUUUUAAACCAGAUGCUUUCAGCAUUAUCAGAUUAUUUUAUACUAUUUAUCCUAUUAAAUAUUUCUGUGAAGUCACUGUGAUUUCAUGAAGUAUUUCUGUUUAGAUAGAGCUAUGCAUUCUCUGGCAGGAAGUGGUCCCAACAAAGUCUUCCAGUCGACUCUGUGGAGACUGGAAGGUUAUUGCACGUUUACAUAUAGCACACCAUGGAAGCUUUAUCAUGCAAAGGAGACAAGUGACACUGAAGACUGUUCAUCAUUUCACCAUAACUCUGCUUUUCCACGGGCUGCAAUGUUUGCGGUGGUAGGCUAUGUAAUGGACAGGACCAUUCCGAAGUCAAACAAAACAACCGCUUGGAAAGCCUGUUUAUAAGUUUUCUUGCCUUAGUUCAACUAUCCAAGCGUUAAAUUUAUCCGAAGAUGUUCCACUUCCGCAAGCAAAAUGCCAGCAGGACAUGAUUCUUCAAACAGACUUUAUUUUCGUGGAAAUCAUUACGUGUUCAUUCUCCACUUUUACAGUAGUAUUGUGCACUAAAUUGGAUCUACAAUCAGUGAAGUAAACAGCUCAUUUUCAGACACUGAGAUUGUUGUUUCUGAGCCUACGUUUUCUAGAUAAAAUAUUCAUAUCACAAUCAUACAUUUUACUUUCAUAUUCUUAACAUUUGUGCAUAAUGCUUAUUUGACAGGUUUUUUUAUCUCCUUUGCAUGAAAUGUGUUCAUAAAAUCAAGGUUAAUAACAUAGCUGAGAUGUCAAAAAAAGUUACUAUUAUUUCAUGUAUAUUUGUCCAUUUGGGAUGUUAAAUGUAUUAUAAAUAAAACAUAAUUUUGUGAACCUGAACUGAAUGUAAACAUUAAGUGGAUCAAAUAAAGUAAAGUAAAAGAUUUAGUCUUUUAUUUUCAUAUAGUACAACAGUUUAGGAUUUCAAAUAUAAGUAUCCUAGGAAAAAAAAUAUUACUCAUUUUUCCUUCUGCCCUUCAAGUGUAUUUGAUCAAGUAACUUGCAGUUAGACAGUAAGUUAUUGUAAGUCUGCUGUUAUUCAGGGCAGUAUUUGUGGCUGUUGUUAAAAAAAAAUAGUAUAUUUUUGUCUGUGUCAGAAAUGUUAUAUUAAAACUAUACCUAAUGAAGCAGAUAGGAAGCAUAAUAUAGAUAUAUAUGUUUUAACUUCAUUUGUAUUGUAUUCAAUGGUACCCAUGCAAUUCAGGAAAAUACUGUCCGGUUUGGGGUCUGU